GAGCUCGUACAUCUCCUGGCCACCUGGACAGCCCGGCUGGUGGCAUCUCCUGAGGCCUCGGAGCUCGAGGGACCUUCCCUGGCAGCCAAAGGGGAGCCGGUUGAGGGCAUCGAUGCGGUCGCUGGUGCCCUGGAAGCGGUGCAUCGAACAAUCCACAGAUGCCGUACCCUAGGAAUCGUCUCAGCAGAAGAACUCGCCGCGCUUUGUCGGCCUGCUCUGUGCAUCCAAGUGGAGGUAGCCUUCUUGCCGCUGGCAGACUUAGAGGGUGAACUCACUGACACCGGGCUGCUCUCCCUUGUGGACCUCCCGAGCCCUGAUACGGAGACUCUGUGGGAGACACAGGACGCUCAAGCGCUGUGCCGCUCUGCACUUCGUGAGGCAGACGGCGCUCUUGUGCGGCACUCAGAAGAG